CUGCAUUCCACAGCUAUCUCUUCACAGAAACAAGUAAAACCAGCUUUGUCCCACAUUCAGAACUGAUGGGCUCAUCUACUCUUCCAUCAGCCAUAUUUUUGGUUUUGUUUCUCGCUGUCUUUUUGUUUUUCGGCACUGGUACAGCUCAGCAAUCAGGCACGACGCGGCACUACAAGUUCAAUAUACAGCUGCAUAACGUCACCAGAUUAUGCAAGACAAAAAGCAUUAUUACGGUGAACGGAAAGUUUCCUGGUCCUCGUAUUGUUGCUAGGGAGGGUGAUCGUGUUGUGAUCAAGGUGGUUAACAAUGUGUCCAACAAUGUUAGCAUCCACUGGCAUGGUAUUAGGCAGCUGCAGAGCGGGUGGGCGGACGGACCAGCAUACGUGACUCAGUGCCCAAUUCAAAGUGGGCAGAGCUAUGUGUAUAACUUCACCAUUAUAGGCCAGAGAGGAACUCUGUUUUGGCAUGCUCAUAUCUCCUGGUUGAGAGCCACUCUUUAUGGACCGAUUGUGAUCCUCCCAAAGAAAAAUGCUUCGUACCCCUUCCCCAAACCCCACAAAGAAGUCCCAGUCAUCUUCGGAGAGUGGUGGAAUGCUGAUACAGAGGCAGUUAUCAGCCAGGCUCUUCAGACGGGAGGCGGACCAAACGUCUCCGAUGCAUACACCAUCAAUGGAUUGCCUGGUCCAUUGUACAAUUGUUCUGCUAAUGAAACCUUCAAGCUGAAGGUGAAGCCUGGAAAGACUUAUCUUCUUCGGUUAAUCAAUGCUGCGCUCAAUGAUGAGCUCUUUUUCAGUAUUUCCAACCACACGCUCACCGUUGUUGAAGCCGAUGCCAUUUACAUAAAGCCAUUCGAGACAGAUAUUCUCGUCAUUGCACCUGGACAAACCACCAAUGUCUUGCUCAGGACAAAGCCUAAUCCCACAAACAGCACAUUCUUGAUGGCGGCCCGGCCUUACUUCACUGGCCAAGGCACCUUUGAUAAUACCACUGUUGCUGGUAUUCUUGAAUACAAACUCCCUUCUCAAAAGGCCCUCGACGCUCCAAUUAACAGUCUCCAAAUCCCAACCCUUCCACCGAUUAAUGCAACUUCUUUUGUCGCAAACUUCAGCAGCAAAUUUCGAAGUCUAGCAAACGCUCGAUUUCCUGCAAACGUGCCACAAACCGUGGACAAGAAGUUCUUCUUUACCGUAGGUCUUGGCAGCAGCCCCUGUCCGAAAAACCAAACCUGUCAAGGGCCUAACGGCACAAAAUUUGCUGCAUCUGUCAACAACAUCUCCUUCACAAACCCCACAACAGCACUUCUCCAGGCCUACUUUUCCAGACGUUCCAACGGCGUUUACAACACUGAUUUCCCAAGCUUUCCUCUUAUGCCAUUUAACUACACGGGCACCCCACCGAACAACACCGGUGUUGCCAACGGCACAAAACUGGUUGUGCUUCCAUUCAACUCCACCGUGGAAGUGGUGUUGCAGGACACCAGCAUCCUAGGGGCGGAGAGCCACCCUCUCCAUCUCCAUGGCUACAACUUUUUUGUCGUCGGCCAAGGAUUCGGGAACUUUGAUCCUCAAAAGGACCCUCCAAACUUCAACCUCGUCGAUCCUGUGGAAAGAAACACUAUCGGCGUGCCGUCGGGAGGGUGGGCUGCCAUCCGUUUCCGGGCUGAUAAUCCAGGUGUUUGGUUCAUGCACUGUCAUUUUGAAGUCCACCUGAGCUGGGGUUUGAAAAUGGCAUGGAUAGUGUUGGAUGGGAAGCUGCCUAACCAAAAGCUGCCUCCUCCACCUUCUGAUCUUCCCAAAUGUUGAUGCUGAUUUCCUACUGGUCUUUUAGCCGCUCCAGUUCUUUGCAUGCAUAAAUUAUACAAACAGAAGUUCUUUCUUUCUUUCUUUUUUUUUUUUUGGUUCUUUACCCCUUCUUGUUUUUGCCUUUUCGGCUUGUUUUCGGACGUGGUGAGUGUGGGGGAGACGAAAAAAGACUGAAACCGGAAUUGUAUUGGAUUUUUGCCUUUACAUCUGUUACAACGAAAUGAGAAAUAAAGAUGUCGUGAGAAGAUUUUCCUUCCGCUA